UUGUCAACUGCUGACAACCACCAGAUGCUGCAUGUGCGCCGCUCGUGCCCCAGCGCCUUCACGACAUGCUCUCACGGACUGGCUGUUCGUCUGAACCCCCGCCAGAUGCACUGCGAAGCCACUUCCAUCACCUCGCUGCGCCGACGCUCGCGCAUGUUCUGGCAUUGUUCAUGCAUCUGCCUGCGUCCUUUCCCCACUCGAGCGCGAGUCUUGUCGUGGUUGACUCACUGUCCACCCUCAUCGACAACGCAUAUCCGCGCAACACCGACGACCGCGUGAAAAACAAGACGGACCAGUCAAAGUGGGCUGCGGGGCGCAGAUAUGCAGUCAUCAACGACAUGAUUGCGACAUUCACGAAGUUUGCGGCACUGCACGACAUCGCCCUGGUGAUCACAUGCCAAACCAUCACCCGCAUACGAGGAGUCUCUCGAGCACUGCUGGUACCAGCUAUCACUGGUAUCGAGUGGGAGAACGGCGUUUCAACAUGCCUGCUCUUGUUCAGAGACUGGGUUCCACACCAGGCAAAGGCGCAAGAUAAGGUCGACGCAGAUAGAUUGCAGAAAACCAGAUUCGCUGGCCUGGUCAAACUCAAUGGUGUGGCCCUAGCCGACGAGGGUGGGGUGGGCAACGUGGUGCCCUUCGCUAUCGAGCGUUAUGGACUGUGCGACAUCAACAUUACCACAGACGAUGCGGCCACAACUACGGUGCUUCCAAUCCAAGCAGGGCGACCCAAGCGGACGUUCGACGAGGUCGACGAGACCGUAGCUCAAGAACCAGACUCGGACGAGGUCUACGGCUGGAUCGAGGACGAUGGUGUCGCAGCCGAGGGACUUCUGAUCGAUGACGCGCCUAAUAACGACGUUGACGUGCGAAAAGAUCCUGGCUCAGAAGGACGCACUGCGAAGGUCCAGCGAGUCUCGACAGUAUGAAAGGCUGAGCACGUCUUGCCCAGGGUGUCUUCUGCAUGAACGACCGCAAUCCUGCGAAAGGGUCGUUGUGCCGCCCAUGCAUUCUACCCUACGCCGUGACCGGGAGAGCCGGGUAAGCAACUGUACAUCUCCCUUGGAGAUGUGCCUCCAAAUUUAGC